GCGCGCAGUGCGGCAGCAGCGUCUGGAGGCUCGGCGUGUGCGCGCUGGUUGAACGCGGAGGGAGCAGUAGGUGAUGCGCAGCCACGGAGCCGGAAAGCAGACUGUUCAUCAGCGAGAACCUUCUUGUGUGUGUGGAGGGGAGCUGCCCGCGGUGAGCAGGUGUUUGGGUUGGACAGAACUGCACCUUACUGGGUCAGCACCUGCACUGUCAGCUGGUAAAUGUGACAGACCGCAUCAACACAUCCAGCCUCACUAUGGCUCAAGACAGGGGCAAAUAUGACUUCUACAUUGGCUUGGCGCUGGCCGUCAGCUCCAGCAUCUUCAUCGGAGGCAGUUUUAUCCUGAAGAAGAAAGGACUUCUGAGGUUGGCGAGGAAGGGGUCCACACGGGCAGGGCAGGGAGGUCAUGCGUAUCUGAAAGAGUGGCUGUGGUGGGCAGGUUUACUAUCAAUGGGGGCUGGGGAAGCGGCCAACUUCGCCGCGUACGCCUUUGCUCCUGCGACGCUUGUCACACCGCUGGGAGCCCUGAGCGUGCUCGUCAGCGCUGUGCUGUCAUCAUACUUCCUGACGGAACGGUUAAACCUGCACGGGAAGCUUGGCUGUCUGCUCAGCAUCCUGGGCUCCACCACCAUGGUCAUUCACGCGCCGAAGGAAGAGGAGAUCAGCAGCCUCGAGGAGAUGGCGGCCAAGCUGGUUGACCCAGGGUUCCUUGUCUUUGCCACCCUCGUCAUCAUCGUUGCACUCAUCUUCAUAUUUGUUGUGGGCCCCCGCCACGGCCAGACCAACAUCCUAGUCUACAUCACCAUCUGCUCGGUAAUCGGAGCACUCUCUGUGUCCUGUGUGAAAGGACUGGGCAUCGCCAUCAAGGAAGCGAUCGCCGGGACGAGCGUGGUGAAAAACCCGCUGGCGUGGAUCCUGCUCCUGGGUCUAGUGGGCUGUGUGAGCACGCAGAUCAACUACCUGAACAAAGCUCUGGACAUUUUCAACACCUCCCUGGUAACGCCAAUCUACUACGUGUUCUUCACCACGUCCGUGCUCACCUGCUCCGCCAUCCUCUUCAAAGAGUGGGAGCACAUGGGAGCGGACGAUGUCAUCGGCACACUCAGUGGCUUCCUCACAAUCAUCGUGGGCAUCUUCCUGCUCCACGCCUUUAAAGACGUUAGCGUGAGCCUGGCCACGCUCGCGGUGUCCAUGAGGAAGGAAGAACGAGCGUUUCCCACAGCCAACGGCAUAGCAUCUCACACCGCCUAUGAACUGCUGGACGAGAAGUCGACCGGAGAGUUGGAGGAGCGAGACUUGGAGGAGCGAGACAUGGCUUCGCAUUUCGAUAGCGUCUCCAGAAGGAAUGGCAUGAUGACGUCCUUGCUUGAUCACUAAGGACCUCUCUAUUCCAGAAGACUCGGCCGCGGCUCUGAUGUAGACGUGGAGCGCGAGAAUGAGACAAUCAGCGAUCCGGGGCGUGAACAGACCAGUGGAUUGUAGUUAAUGUUUUAAUUUGCCUUACUUUUCUUGGAAUAUGGCUCAUAUUCAUCUCUAGUUAAACUUAAUUUCAUUCCUGUGUAGCGCUGUAAAUAAGUUUUAUAAAAA